AUGGAGUCAAAGAAGCGUGUGAUGCAAGCUGGAUUCGACUACUUUCCGGUCCUAUGCAAAAACUCGUCGUACCCGGGUUUGAUUGGUCAUCUAUUACCGUUUCCGACGUUAACAAAUAUACUCAGCAAGGGAAGUAACCAUUUUGGGUUAUCGUGUUUGAGUAGAGGCAAAUCAGAGGAACUGGAAUUUCGUUAA